AUGCGAAUGGCAGACUUUCACAAGAAGUGGUGCAAGAUCUUAACGUUUGCUCAGCUCCUCAAUGGGUGGUUAAUCAUCUUCUUGACAGCUCUAGGGGAUGAGUUGGGUGUGGGUGCCACGACGACGCAAAUGUGUUUUGUGCUGGCUUCUGCCGCCUCGAUCGUGGUCGCUUGCAACUCCUUGCUAAACUCGCGGGCGCGUUGGCAGCAGCUCCGACUGCAUGCAUGUCAGCUGAAGUCGAUCAUUUGGCGUUAUCGAUCUCGAGUGGACCUGUUUGCCAUGUCUGCAAUUUCGGGGCUCGGUGAUCCAGAAGUGGCCCUGAGAGAAGAAAUCAGUCGCUGGAGAUAUGCUAUCUUGAGCGCUGCGGACUUAGAGAGCUCCACUUUCGAGAAAGACUGGUCCAGCCUCCAGAUGCCUGACUGCCCGGACGACCAGGUUAUGAGCUUGCUGGUCAACUCAGCCGACAUAAAGCUGGAAGCAGUCGAGGGCACAAAGGGUUCCGGCGCACUGGAAAUGAGCGACGACGAUUACAAGAAGUUUUUCUCUCCAAUAUCACCUGAUGCCUAUGUGGACCUUCGUGUCGUCAUGGCCAUCAAGUACAGCCGCAAAAAAGUACCUCCCAAUGCACGCUUGGAGUUUGUUUUCAAAAUCUUGGUCGUCAGCUUAACCAUUGUGGGAACCGUUUUCUCCUUCAUUGGUAUGCAGCGAUGGCUGACCGUCACUGUGUCCUUGGCUGGAUGCUGUGCGGCAUGGAACGACUUUGCAGACUACGGGAGGAAGUCAACACGUCAUACAUGGACGGUCCAGGCCCUGGAGCAAACAUUGACGUGGUGGGAGAGCCUCACAGGCGUGGAGCAGGCAUCUGUCGAGAACAUCUCCAACAUGAUCAAGUCCUGCGAGACGGCCAUUCUUGCAGAGACGGCGGCUUGGAUGUCAACUCCUGCCAGCGAAGCCCCAGUGUCCAACACUGCAGCGCGCAAGAACACUGGGGCGCAGCCUGCACAGCUUGAGAUCCGCACCGAUGGUUAG